CAUGAGUGUUGCUCUCACUUAACGUAGGCCUAUAGCUCUCACUCAUCAUGUAAACAUAUAGCUCUGAAAUCUUACAGUAGUCUAUACAUUUAUUUAUGUUACGUCACUGUCAUUAAACACAUAAAAUAUGUGAAAUAUGAAAACAAGGACAUCAUUUUGAAUGAAAUCUAAGCUACCCAUAAAGCAUCACUCACUAGAGGGUACUUACUUUUGGUUGACUUUGUCCGGACAGGUGGUUCUCAGCAUGGUCCCAUACACACCAACUGCUGCCAGAAGUCCACCAGUGCACAACCAAAACAAGUUAAAAACAGACUGCCUACCCCCUCUCUUCAAGUCAAGCCUCCAUACUUGUACAAGUCUGGUGCUCGGUUGCUGAUAGACUGUGAUGAUGUCAUUCUCCAUGGCCCUGCACCUCACAGCUGCUAUCCAACUCCUGGCGCUGGUGGCCAUAUGUGACCAGGUUACAGCUGAUCGCAUCAACUUCUACAACGUCAAACCACCUGUGGAAGCCACUCCAUUCCCUAAGAGCUUCAAGUGCUUCACCUGCGAGCAAGCUGCAGACAACUACAACUGUAACCGCUGGGCUGAGGACAAGUGGUGUCCACAGAAUACACAGUUCUGUAUGACAGUCCACCACUUCACCAGUCAUGGCAAGACCAAGUUUGUGACCAAAAAGUGUGCUGCCAGGGAGGUGUGUCACGCUUCAGGCUGUAGACAUCACAGGGACAUGGGUCACACAGAGUGUGUGUCGUGCUGUGAGGGUAUGAUCUGCAACGUGGAGGUCCCCACCAACCACACCAAUGCUGUGUUUGCCAUGAGGCAGCAGGCCUACAGCUCAGCCCCACCCCAGGCCCCUGUGAGGACAGCGUGGGGUCGCUGCUGGAUGACAUUACUCACCACCCUGGGCCUGGGGUUGACCAGACUGGUCCUACUGUGACACUGCUGUCCCUCAGAGCAUGUCCCUAUAAAGGGGACCAGACUAUACCAGACCAGCAUGUUCCUCUGAACAUGGAGGAUGUGUGGUGGUAAUCUGUGUUAAAGAUGUCACAUAGAUCAAUCGAACAAUCACGUAGGACUACAGCUGUGUCCUAAUGAAUGAUGCUUGGUUUGAUAACAUUGGUUGCAUCUACAUAAGCCAAUGGGACUGGAGAAAGUGUCCAUGGAAUCAAUAGAAUUGGAGAAAGACCAAUGGUCAGUGGAUCUAUAGAAUUGGAUGUAGCUUGCUGGCUAGUGGAGUUGGCAAGCAGAGGAGUUAGCCAGAAGGGUUCAAGGAGGAUCAUGCCCAUCAUAAGUCUAAUGUCCAUUACUGAUUCAAAGAUGGAGGCCCAGUGACCGAUCCUUCAACCAGUCCUGGCCAGAACCCCAAACUACUAUAUGGAGCAUGCCGAAUGAGAGGCUGGAACCGGGAGACUUUAAAUGUUCCACAGAACAUUCUCUAGGAUUAUUCAUGGUCCUGGGAAUGUUAAUCAUGUGUUCUCUGUGGGAUUCUGCAGCACUGCAGUGCACACAUGGACCAGGAAUGACUGGACACAUAGGCCCAUUGGAUCAGGGAGAACUUUGGGAGAUGAUGAUAGACAUGGAAUCUGGCGUAAAUGUAUUAGUACUUGAUCCAUAGUAUGGCACAAAAUGAAAGCCAUUUUGCACUUGAAUGUUUUGUUAAGAAAUAUUGUUACUUGUAUUUUUUUAUAGCAUAACUUGUGAAUAUCCUUAAAUAAAAUGGAAAGAACUAUA